ACGAAAGUGCAACAGACUAUAUCAAAAUUAACUUCGACCAAACUGACAGAGUGAUAAGCAAUCCUAAGUAUAAUAUGAGUGUUCCGAAUGUGCUUUACGUUCCUGGUUAUUUAGACUCACCAUUUUCGGCGAAAACCCAGUCGGUAGUUGAGGCUUAUUUUAAAACGGGCGGCGUUAAUGUAUUUGUCCUGGACUGGGCUGCGUUGGCUAGUGGCUCGUAUCCCGCUGCUGUUGCUAAUGCGUACGAGGCUGGAACAAAAGUGGGAAACACUUACUUGUACUUAUUUUCACAAGGGGUUCCAGUUAGUACCAUUAUAGUCGUUGGUCAUGGUCUUGGAGCUCAUUUACUUGGCCAAGCCGGACGAACAGUAAUCACCAAUUCGAACGGAAAGUACCAAAUACCCAGAAUAACAGGUUUGGAUCCAGCUCGUGCUCUGUUCUAUCCAUAUCCACUGGUACCUGGAUUCCGACACAUCAAUCGGAAUGACGCCACGUACGUUGACAUAAUUCACACAGAUGGUGGAGAAUAUGGAACAUCAAGAUUGACCGGAACAGCAGACUUCUAUGUGAACACAGGUAGAAGAUUUCAGCCGGGAUGUCCGUUCGGAGUAUUUCUAAUUGGAAGCGAGAAUGAUAUGUGCAGCCAUCGGCGAGCUAUCGACCUUUGGGUGGAAAGUGUAUCGACACCGUCUUCAACGUUUACUGCAACCAUGUUCGGAAAUCCGGCAGUGACCAGCCGAAUGGGUAUAUCUUCCCCGUCAACCACCAUACCUGGGAAAUAUACGGUUCUAACCAAUGCAGCAAGUCCCUACUCGAGAGGAUAAUGAAGAAAGAAAAGGAACUCUGGAGACUAGAGAAAGAAUAAAU